CUUGCCUGGCUGUCAAACGAAGCAGCCGACAGGCCAUUUGUGGAAAAACUAAUAUUGCUCCUAUUUUUCUUGAGCUUGGUAACACUUAAAGAGUAGAAAUUUAAACCAAAUCCCGAUUUGAAUUGUCAUAUAAAUGUCUGGGGAAAUGGAUAACUGUAUUUUUUGCAAAAUCAUCGCCGACCAAGCACCCAGCGAAAAGAUUUACGAGGACGACGUUGUAAUUUGCAUAACAGACAUUAAACCGGCCUCCAAGCACCAUUAUCUUAUCAUACCGAAGACCCACAUAGAGAAUGCAAAAACUAUGCAAGGCCCAGAGGACAAAAAGACACUUGAGCAUAUGGUCGAAGUUCUCACAACGAUCAGUGAAAUGAAGGGAAUUGACUUGAAUGAUGCAAGGAUAGGGUUCCACUGGCCUCCGUUCAACUCCGUCAACCAUCUGCACCUUCAUGUUAUUUCACCUGUAGGAAACAUGGGGUUCCUCGGGCGGAUGAUGUUUCUACCCAACAGCCUUUGGUUUGCAAGCAUUGACUACGUCAGAUCUCGUCUACAGACUUGCAGCUAAUGCUCCCUCAACUUAGACAUGGCACAGCAGCUUGCCAAUCUUGAUUAUGGUUUCUGAACUGGUACCAAAAUUAUGUAACAAAUGUCAAGGGCUGGCUAUUAAAUUACCCUGUUAGCAAAUUUAUUCCAUAUCACAACGAACGAUGUAUUGCUUACAAUUUAUAUUAGGACCUUUUUUAUUUAUUUUUUUUUAUAACAUUAAAUAAUGUACACAAUAGUGCAACUACUGGUUACUGUAGCUAAUUGCUAUACAAAACAAUCUUAACGCUCAAUUUUACUAAAUUUUCAACUAUUAUUCUGAUAGAAGUACAAAUAAGUUUUUCGAUAUUGGAGGUAUCUUGAUCGCAAAUAAUUGCUAAAAAUCUCUGUGAAAGAAUUCAAUCUUUGUGUACACGCAUAUUUAUGUAUAUUAUGUAUAAAAUAUAUCCAAAUUGGACAGGA